UCUGUCAACGUUUUUCUAAUUUUGUCAUCUUUCUCUCUUCCAAGAAUUCCUUUCAGUUUCUCUCUUUCUUUGGAGGAGUUUGGGACUAAGGCCAUCCAUGCCUGCUCUUCUUCCGCUCGCCGCCGUCUGAGACUUAGGGUUCCGUUUUCAAUUUUUGAAAUCCGUCAGUAUGGUGAGGAAACACGGCUGGCAACUCCCCGCUCACAAAUUUCAGGUGAUUGCGAUUACGGUGUUCUGCUUGUUGGCUGUAGCAUACUAUGCUUUCUUCGCUCCUUUUGUUGGUGGACGCAUCUGGGAGUACAUUCUCCUCGGUGUUUACUCUCCUGUGGCUCUCAUUGUUUUCGUGCUUUAUGUUCGAUGUACUGCAAUCAAUCCUGCGGAUCCAGGAAUCAUGUCCAAAUUCGAAAGAGGAGGUGGUGACAUGGGACAUCAUGACUUACCUUCCAAAGAUAUCGCCAGGAGGUUUAGUGAAGCGGGCAGUCACCUGCAGUCUUCUCCUUCAGUUGCCUCAAGGACCUCUACUUUACCAGCAAACUCUAGCGUGAAAGGCUCUGUUGGAGACCCUCAGAGAGUGGAGCCUGUUGUUCCGAGGAAAUCUUGCUAUAAUCCUUUGGCUAUCCUGUGCGGCGUGUUUGUUUAUGAAGAUUGUCGCAAGAAAGAAGAGAUAGAUGAACAGCAAGGGGACAGGGAAGAAGCUCUCUUUUGCACCUUGUGCAAUGCUGAGGUACGUAAGUUUAGCAAGCAUUGUCGAAGUUGUGACAAAUGUGUUGAUUGUUUUGAUCAUCAUUGCCGGUGGCUUAACAAUUGUGUCGGUCGCAAGAACUAUAUCACAUUUAUAUUGCUGAUGGCUGCCAGUCUUCUCUGGCUCAUUAUUGAAGCAGCAGUUGGGAUUGCGGUUAUAGUGCGUGUGUUUGUUAACAAAAGGGAAAUGGAAACAGAGAUUGUCAAUAGGCUCGGAAAUGGAUUUUCUCGGGCACCUUUUGCUACGGUUGUUGGUCUCUGCACUGCUGUUUCCAUGCUCGCAUUGUUUCCAUUGGGUGAACUUUUCUUUUUCCACAUGCUUCUCAUUAAAAAGGGCAUUACAACUUAUGAGUACGUUGUGGCAAUGAGAGCAAUGAGUGAGGUUCCACCCGGAGCUUCUGUUGAUGAGGAAAUGCCUAAUGUGAUGUAUUCUCCCUCUGGAUCUGCCACGACCGGCUUUAGUGGUGGGAGCUCCCUUAGUCUACCAUACAAAGGAGCCUGGUGCACUCCGCCUAGAGUGUUUGUUGAUUAUCAGGAUGAAGUGAUUCCUCAUUUGGACCCUGGGAUGGUUCCAUCAACGGUAGAUCCAGAUGCAACUGAAUCAGCAGAGAGGGGCAACAAGAUUCCUAAGAGACCUGUCAAACUCAGUGCUUGGAAACUCGCGAAGCUGAAUUCAAACGAAGCCACGAGGGCAGCAGCCAGAGCAAGGGCGUCAUCAUCUGUUCUACGGCCAAUAGAAAACCGUCAUGCACAAGACGAUGAACUUAGUUCCAGUGGCACCAUGAGUGUCGUCAGUAGUGUAAGCACAGAUGCAAAUGCGGCUGCGAUGAGUAAAGAGAUGGGGAACAAUGAUCCAAGGUUGCCUCUCUCUAGAAACUCUUUCGCUCCAAGCCAUGGUAGCAAGGACGAGUACGAGACAGAGACCCACAGUAUGAGCAGUUUCAGCAGUCCAAGUCAUGUUCACGAGGCUGUCUCGCUUAGUCCUCUCCCUCAGUAUCAUACUGCUGGCAACCGCUUUGCUGCAGGGGCCUCAUCGAAUGCUCCCUGGCCACCUCUCAAUCCAGGAAUGAUCCACUCAACCUUUGAUGAAAAGAUAAUGCAGAAAGGAAACAAGGCCGAUCCAUUGCCACACCCUGCUCCUGCUCCCGCAGCUUCUCUUCUGAGAGAUGUGAGAAGAACAUCAGUUGUGUGGGACCAAGAAGCAGGUAGAUAUGUAUCAGUACCUGCUACAACAUCUGAGGCAAGAACCAGAUUAGCUUCACACCACCAGCCAAUUCCCAGCUCACACGCUCAGAAUCCAAGAUCCGUUCUUCCACCUCAAGAUUCUUCAUCAGGGAAAGCCCCUCUUCAUCCUCCUCCACCGCAGCAAGGAGAGAAACUCAUGUAUACAGGUGACUCUAUCUUCUUUGGAGGUCCGCUGGUAAAUAUCCCGAACAGAGAUGGUCUAAGAAACGAAGGUGACUCGGGAAGAGAGGGGCAAGACAGAAUGACACUGGCAUUACCUCGGGAAGCUAGAUUCAGAAGAGACACAACCUCAAACCAGCUUCCAGUGUUUGCUCCUGUGGGUACCCGCAAGUAGAAACCAUAACUAUUUCAAGGACUUUGUUCUCAUCGAUCUGAGACUGUCAAGGUUAAGGACAUACAUGUAGCUGUUUGACGGUCAAAACUCAUGGAGUUCGCUCAGCAGUUGCAGGAAAGUCUAAUGGGGGUUGAUUGAAUCUUUGAGUAUUUGAGAUUGAGAGGUUUGCGGAGGACUUAAUGAGGUAGAAAGUAGAAUCCUUUGUGAACAUUUCUUCCACGGGUUUAGCCUUUCUUACUUCAUUGCUUCGUAUUCGCUUUAAAGACUAGUUUGUUCUAUGACUCCAUGAAUCUAACCUUGAUUUUAUGAUCAUUA